AUGGCGACGGUGGUGGCGUCGACGACGGGGGUGGUGGGACGGAGCGAACGCGCGGAAGCGUUCAUUGAACUCCCGUCGAGGUUACACAAUCGGUACUUCUUCGUGCGGCACGGAGAGAGCGUGCUCGAUGAACGCGGGAUUUUUCUGACGAAUCCGAGUUUCAAAUACGACGCGACGUACGGGUUGACGAGCGUGGGAAGGGAACAGAUGCGAGAGGCGGCGAGAGUGAUCGUGCAAAAGUACGAUGGUGCGCCGUCGUGGGUGUACACGUCAAAUUUCCAGAGAUCGUUUCAGUCGGCGUUGAUCCUGAGAGAGGAGUGCGGGUUGUUGUUCUCGCAAUUGCGCACCGAGUUCAGCGGUUUGCUCGAUCCGCGAAAAAUGGGUUCGCUGGACUUUGGAUCGCAAUCAGCUUGGGAGGACGUGUGGGCGAAUGAUUUGGAAGAUCCCAAGUCGACGCCGCCGCCCGUUCCGGCCAGUCUCCAACCGAGCGCAUCGGUGGAGUCGUGCUUCGACAUUUACAGGAGGGCGCAGGAGGCAUUCACUCGACUAGAGGCGACGUAUUUCGGAGAGGACGUAAUAUUGGUGUCGCACGCGGACACCCUGUCUGUGUUCUGCGCCGCCUUGAACGGAACCGAACUGGGAAGGCAUCACGUAGAUUAUCCGUUUGCACUCGGCGAGGUGCGAUGCGUCGAUUUAACACGCGUGUCGCGCGACAAAGGUUUUUCGCCGACCGAUCUUCGUGGGGACUACGCACCCGGGGACGCGGCGUCCAACUAUUUAUGA